GUGGCCCGGCCCCCGCGAGCGGGGAGGAGGCGGAGGAGCGGCGCCAGCAGCUUGAGGAGCGGCGCGCCCCGCCAGGGCUGGAUGCAGGCGCGCACGGCGGGCGCCACCGUCUCAUCGGGGGAGCGGGGGCUGUCCCGGGUGAGGGUGAGUGGCGCGGCUCCAAGCCACAAGGGGCGGAGGGGAACCGGACAAGCGGAAAGCAGCGGGACAGACAGAAGGGGGCCGAGCUUUGGCUCCCGUAGUCUCGUGGCGGGCCAGGCGCGGAGCCCAGAGUAGCAAGCAACCUACACCUCCAGGCGGGAAGCCCAGGGAAGGAGCUGCGAGACGCCAGGCGUGCGGCCCAGGAGCGGCAGGGAAAAGGGAUCCACUGGGGCACAAGAGUGGAAACGUCAGGACCUUCGGCUGCAGCCGCCCACGCGCUGAGGGAGCCACACCAGAGCACCAGUGGGGCCCAGAGCCCAGCGGGGCGCGGGAACAGGGGCGCCCCCGUGCGGAGCUGCCGGCCGCCUAGGAGCGGCGGCCGGGGCCAUGCUCAAGCCCAAGGACCUGUGCCCCCGAGCGGGUACGCGCACCUUCCUGGAGGCCAUGCAGGCGGGCAAAGUGCACCUGGCCCGCUUUGUACUGGAUGCGCUGGACCGCAGCAUCAUCGACUGCCGCGCUGAGCAGGGCCGCACGCCGCUCAUGGUGGCGGUGGGGCUGCCGGACCCCGCGCUGCGCUCCCGCUUCGUGCGGCUACUGCUGGAGCAGGGUGCGGCCGUGAACCUGCGGGACGAGCGCGGCCGCACAGCGCUCAGCCUGGCGUGCGAGCGCGGCCACCUGGACGCGGUGCAGCUGUUGGUGCAGUUCAGCGGCGACCCCGAAGCGGCCGACUCGGCGGGCAACAGCCCAGUGAUGUGGGCGGCGGCGUGCGGCCACGGGGCGGUGCUCGAGUUCCUGGUGCGCUCUUUCCGCCGCCUCGGCCUGCGCCUCGACCGCACCAACCGAGCGGGUCUCACGGCGCUGCAGCUGGCAGCCGCUCGCGGCCACGGGACCUGCGUGCAAGCCCUCACCGGGCCCUGGGGCCGCGCAGCUGCCGCCGCCGCGGCCCGGGGCUCCAACUCCGACAGCCCCCCCGGCCGUCCGGCUCCCGCGCCCAGCCCGGAGCGCCGACGACCCAGCCCCCGCCGCUUACCUCGGCCUCUCCUAGCGCGCUUUGCGCGAGCUGCCGGCGGCCACGGUCAUGGCGGCGAGGCUGGGUCAGGGGGCAAGGGCUCCGGCCGGCACCGCGCACAGGGCAGCGAGAGGCCCGAGCUGGGCCGGAGCAUGAGCCUGGCGCUGGGUGCUGUAACCGAGGAGGAAGCGGCUCGGCUGCGGGCGGGAGCACUGAUGGCCCGACCACACUCGCCCCAGUCUUCAGGGACCGGGCGGUGGCGUUCGCAGGAGGUGCUGGAGGGAGCGCCUCCGACCUUAGUGCAAGCCCCCAUUGGCCUGAGCCCCCACCCGGAGGGCGGCCCCGGCUCUGGCCGUUUGGGUUUGCGCCGACGCUCCACAGCUCCAGACAUCCCCAGCCUGGUCGGGGAGGCCUCAGGGCCCGAAAGCGGCGCGGAGUUAGAGGCCAACGCUCUGCCCCACUCGGUGCCUGGGCCUCAGCCUUGGCAGGGGGGCACGGAGGCCGUGGUGCUGCACGCUCAGCGGUAAACAGCGUCGAGGUUGAGCCCUGCUCCCCCUCCUCUUAUGUCUCUCCUCUGCUGGGAUUUCUUUUUUCCAGGUCCCUCACUUUCCUGGCAGUUUCCCUGGCCUGUGAUCCCAUAAUCUGUCCCCACUGCCCAGACCAGACCCCUAAUCCUCUCUCUGAAAAGAAGCCCUAUUUUAUUUAUUUAUUUAUUUGUGCUCGUCGGUAUUCCCUGCCUAGGUCUCUCACCUUCCCUACAGCGUACCUUUCCUGUCCUAGAGGGGAGGAAUAGAAGAUGGAUUCUGGAGGCUAGAUAGCCUUUCAGCCAGGAAGAUGGACCCCCUACCCUGAGCCCUAAGGCUCAGUUCUGAGCCUUGCCUACUCCUGCUGGGUCACCUCCUCCUUACCCCUUUCCCACACCCUGGCAGCCAGGCAGCAGAAGAGCUUGACCUGUAGAACAAAGACCUAGCCUCCCCCCUUUGCCUAGUGAUGUGCCCAGUAAUGCCACAGGCUACUGAAGUCUCCCUCCCUAGGUGUUGGAGACAGAAAGCAAGAAGACCAGCCUUUGAGCCCUUCUGGACAGGAGGGCUGAUGAUGAAGGAAUCUGGAGGUUAAGGUUUUCUGGGGGAAAAGCUCCUGCCUCCAGAAAAUGAGAUCAUAUUUAGGGGUGGGAGAGGCCCUGGUAUUGAAGGCUAAUUGUCCCCUGAAAUAGCUUCUGGGUAAUUUCAGCUCCCACCGGAGACCCAGUUUUCACCUUCAUGAUGUGGGGUCAUUGGACUACAGCAACGCCUGGCGAGCCCAGCUCCCAGCACUGAGCCCAGCUUCAGCUGGGCAGCAUCUGAGUUGUACCUUUGAGGUCUCACCCCUCAGGGUCCAGCCUUAUUUCCUCUCACUCUUAGAGCCUGAAAUGUAAAGGACUUGGCCCUUCCCCCUCCCACCACUUCCCAGCUCCCCUGGCGGUGCACGUGGGUUCCCCCCUAGGGUGGAAUGGUUGCGAAGGCUUGGCUUAAUUGUAUUUCUUCCAAUCCUCAAAGAACUCGUGUUUUGAGUCUUUGUAUAUGAAGCCGAAAGCAGCGGGUCUGAUCCGAGGCUUAAGAACCUGACAAUAUCUCUUUAAAUAGAAGCUCUGCGAGGGGGAUAAUUGACUGAAGUGUUUGCCACGUUAAACGGCGGCGCGCGGGAGUCGGGAAGCCCACACGAGCCGCAGGUCCGGGUUUAAAUUACAUCAAACUCCUGAGAGAGCUGGAAGGGGGCUGUUAAAGGGCUCCUGCUUCUCGCUGGGCCGUUAAUGGAGGGCAGGGCAGAUGAUGGAUGCUGGAGGUCGAGACCAAGGACCCCUGCCUCUGCCGAGGCGCGUGGGACGCUGGCCCGGCCCAGCUUCAUUACUGGGCAGAUUAGUGAGUCAGAAGCAACUGUGGAGAGGUGGUUAAAUGCCCUUUCCGGCGUGGUCCUUCCUCCUCCCCUCCCUCCCUGCCUUCC